GACUGGAGGGCAGGGUGGCAGUAUGGUGCUGCAUCCAUGCCCUGCCGGCCUGAUACCUUGCAGCCAUGGCACCAGCAGCUAUGAGGCUGUGCAUGCCAAGGGCGUCUGCCUUGGCCACGCAUAGGCUGGGGGCAGCCUGGCCCAUGGGGGUAACCCCUGACUAGGGCCUGGGCACAGUGCUCCAUGUCCUCAUGGCUUGAGGUACCACCAUGCACAGGGAUGGUGCUCGAACGUGUAUCCACCUGUCCGGGGCAGCAGCGCCACGCCAGUCCCAGCACGGGAGUGGAGCAGACGCCAUGGGCACAGGCCUCCUGGCCAGCACAGCACUGCGAUUGCAUCAGCUCGGAGAGUCAACAGUCCCUGCAGCGGCACUUCUCUCCAGGCAGAGCGGCCUGUCCGCACCCCAGCUUUGAUUUUGCCAGCCUGUCUUGCCAGGUGCUGAGUUUCCAUCGCUUCCCAGCCCCUGCAGUAUCCGGUCACCCCUGCCCUGGGGCCCUGCUCAGUCCAGACCUGUGGAGCAGGGCUAGACACAUGGAGCAGGGCUGGGAGUGGGCAGAGCUGCUCCUUGGGGUACCUGGGGAAUGCCAUGUGGCCCCCGAGGUCCUGGGCAGGGGCUUGUGCUGGCCAAGGAAUGCAAGGCCCUGAGCCUGGCGUUCUUGGUGCUGGCAGGGGUCACACCUUUGCUAGUCAUGCCCAGGUGCCAGGGCCAGAUUCUGCUGCGGAGCUAGCCCACCCCCGGGUGCUGAUUCACAUGAGAGACCCAGGGGGUUCCUCAGGGGUUAGAGCCAGGGACUGCUGCUACGAGCUUCCACGCUGGCUGCUUUCUACUGCUCACACUUUCCUGUUAGCCAGCACUGGCAAGUGGGGGCUCCAGGGCCCUAGGCAGUGCCCGGGGAUGGAGCAUGGCCAGAGGCAGCCGCUGGGGCUGGCACAAGCCGUGUCCCUGCUUCCUGGGCAGCUGCUGCUCUUGUCCAAAGCCUCAGCUGCCCCCAUUGCCCAGAGCCCCAGCUCUGCUGCCCCUGCCCAUGCCCCUACCCCUUCCUUGGCACUGGCUGUGAUGACAGGCCAGGGUGGCACUGGGCAGGUGUCUGCAUGGCUGGGCUGGAUGAAGGGUUCCAGGGAGCGGCCGGCCGUAGCCCCGCUGGGUGGGGCCUCUGCUACCCGCCCUCCCCCCACACCUGCUCCGAGGUGCUGCUAUAAAGCAGCCGGCGCUCAGCCGCCACCAGUUCCUGAUUCCCAAGUAGCGAGAGCCCUGCGGGCUAACGGGGAGGUGCAACCAGCCAGAGAGAAGCCCUGCCAGACCAGGACCAGCCUGCCGCCAUGCAGGCCCCACUCCUACUGCUUGUGGCCGUGACUGCAGCUGCGGUUUCCAGCAAGAGCACUACCUCCACAACUUCGAGUGGCUCGAAUGCUAGCAUCACUGCCGAGACCGCCACUUCAAGUACACCUGCCUCACCUGCAACCACACAUCCCAGCACUGAGAAUACAACCACUGCCAGCACCACACACCCUAGCCCCGAGAAUACAACCACUGCCAGCACCACACACCCUAGCCCCGAGAAUACAACCACGGCCAGCACCACAGACCCUAGCCCCGAGAAUACAAUCACUGCCAGCACCACAGACCCUAGCCCCGAGAAUACAAUCACUGCCAGCACCACAGACCCUAGCCCCGAGAAUACAACCACGGCCAGCACCACAGACCCUAGCCCCGAGAAUACAACCACGGCCAGCACCACAGACCCUAGCCCCGAGAAUACAACCACUGCCAGCACCACAAACCCUAGCCCCGAGAAUACAACCACUGCCAGCACCACAGACCCUAGCCCCGAGAAUACAACCACGGCCAGCACCACAGCCCCCAGCACCGAGAACACAACCACUGGCAGCACCACAGACCCUAGCCCCGAGAAUACAACCACGGCCAGCACCACAGACCCUAGCCCCGAGAAUACAACCACGGCCAGCACCACAGCCCCCAGCACCGAGAACACAACCACUGGCAACACUGCAGAACCCAGCAGUGAAAACACAACCACUGGCAACACCGCAGAACCCGGCACCAAGAAUACAACCACUGGCAGUACCGCAAAUCCCAGCACUGGGAACACAACCACAGGCAGCACCACAGCCCCCAGCACCGGGAAUGAAACCACUGGCAGCACCAUAGCCCCCAGCACCAGGAACACAACCACUGGCAGCACCACAGCCCCCAGCACCGGGAAUGAAACCACUGGCAGCACCACAGCCCCCAGCACUGGGAACGAAACCACUGGCAGCACCAUAGCCCCCAGCACCAGGAACACAACCACAGGCAGCACCACAGCCCCCAGCACCGGGAAUGAAACCACUGGCAGCACCAUAGCCCCCAGCACCAGGAACACAACCACAGGCAGCACCACAGCCCCCAGCACCGGGAAUGAAACCACUGGCAGCACCAUAGCCCCCAGCACCAGGAACACAACCACUGGCAGCACCACAGCCCCCAGCACCGGGAAUGAAACCACUGGCAGCACCACAGCCCCCAGCACUGGGAAUGAAACCACUGGCAGCACCAUAGCCCCCAGCACUGGGAACACAACCACUGGCAGCACCACAGCCCCCAGCACUGGGAAUGCAACCACUGGCAGCACCACAGCCCCCAGCAAUGAGACCACAGCUCCCAGCACUGGGAACAUAACCACUGGUAGCACCACAGCUCCCAGCACUGGGAAUACAACCACCAGCAGCAUUGCAGCUCCCAACACUGGGACCGAAGCCCCCAGCACCGGGACAGCAACCACUGGCAGCACUGAAGCUCUCAAGACCACACCAGCUAACAUGAGCAUGAGCCCUGGGCAUGAGCCCUUGGGCACGAGCCCUGGGUCUACCGUGCCUGUACUGCCUAGGACCUCCUCCUCCCCUCCAGCUAGCAACCAGACCCCUGUGGCGGCCCCGAACCUUCUCAGCUAUUCCCUCUCCUUCCGCAUUGUCAACAAAGACUUCAAUGAGUCCCUGCGUGACACCAUAUCCUCCUACUACAAGCAGCUGGCAAGCACCAUUCACACCAUAUUCCAGAUGGUCUAUGCCUGCGACACGUGCCACAAUUGCAAGGACUACCAGGGCUACACCGGCCUCCAGUUCAGCCCGGGCUCUGUGGUUGUGCAAUGCAUCCAGCUGUAUAGGCAGAACAACACCAGCCUCGAUGCCAACAACAUUGCCCUCCAGCUUGAAAAGAAGCUGAACAGUAACAAAGAGAUUGAAGGGCUCCAGAUAAAUGAUGUCCGAGCUGCUUCUGAAACCUCUGCCCCACAGCCGGGGCCAGCACCAGCAUCCAUAGUGCCUGGCUGGGGCAUCGCCCUGCUCGUGCUGGUCUGCAUCCUGCUGGUGCUGAGCAUCAUCAUCUUCAUCCUGCUGAUCCUCUGCUCCUGCUGCAGAAGCCACCGUGGGAAGCUGGACCUAUUCAGCUUGCAGGACUCCUACCACCCCAUGAGCGAGUACCCUACCUACCACACCCAUGGGCGCUACAUGGCACCUGUCACCAAGCCCAACCCCUACAGUGAGGUCUCCGGCAACGGCUCCAGAGCCUUGUCCUACACCAACCCAGCGCUGUCGUCCGAGAACCUCUGAGGGGCGCGCGUCCAGGACAGGCGGGAGCGGGCUCCGGCCUGGGCUGGCUCCGGCCAUGCGGGCAAGACCUCAGUGGCCUGGGGCAGGGGCCAUGGCACCUCGGGGCCUGCUCCUGCCCCGAUUCAGCCGAUGGGGCCGGCACAGCCCUGCCCAGCCCUGUCGUCCCUGCCCCUGCCCUACGUCGCUGGCCCCAGGGUGGUUCUGGAGCAGCUGGGUCUGAGCGCAUGAAGGUACCAGGCAAACAAGGGAUGGGAGAGGGGGCUGUGCCCUGCUGGCUGCCCUGCACCCCUGCCCCAUCCCUUGCCCAGCCCCAGGCACUGCCCCACGGGUGCUGGGCUCAGGCUCUGCCUGUGCUGGCAGCUGGGCUCUGUGUGUGUGGAUGGGGCAGUGGGUGUGGGCGCCACACCGCGAGGGGUGGAGGGUGCUGGCAGUCCUGUAUUUAUAGCAUUUCACAAUAAAAAGGUCUAUGCUGA